AUGAAAGAUAUUAUUAAGAUUAAAACGAAAAAGAAAAGCGUGAAUAAAAUUAAUGAUGAGAAUGAAGAGGAGGUAUACCAGUUGAACGAAAAUACAGCACAAAAUGGUGAUGAUUAUAAGAAUGAGAAGAAUAAGAUAAAUAGAUUUAUAUUAAAUGAUGAAAAUAUAAAUAGCAAAAAUGAUUAUAAUAAUAUGAUGAAUCAAUGUGAUGUCAUUGGUAAAAACGAAAAUGAAGAAUAUACACAUAUAAAAAUUGAAAAGGAAAAAAAUAAAGAUGAUUUGUAUGAAUGUAAAAAUGAUGAUAAUAAUUUCUAUGAGAGUAAAAUAAAUUUUAUUAAAAAACAAGAUGAAGCAAAUAACGAAAAUUAUAAUAAUAAUAAUAAUGAUCAUAAUAAUAAUAAAAAUUGUUAUUAUAAUUAUUAUGAGAAUAAACAUAUAAAUGUACACAACAAUAAGAAUGAUGUGAAUAAUAAAAAUAUGUCAACUAAUAAAAUAUUAAAAGAUGAAUAUUAUGAUAAAAAUUUAAAUGGAAAUAAUAUAAAUGAUUUAAAAGAAUAUAUACAUAAUGAAAAUAAGAAACAAAGGAGAACAAAGGUAUAUAAUAAUAUGAAUAUUUUAAAUGAUGAAGAAAAUUUUUCUGGUUUAGUUAUUAAGAAUAAAGAGCAUAAUAAGAAAAUUUAUGAAAAUUCAAAAUGUGUUAAUACAUUAAAUGAAAAAUGGAAACUGUUACCUGCUUAUUUGAAGGUAAAAGGUUUAGUUAAGCAACAUAUUGAAUCAUAUAAUUAUUUUAUAAAACGAGAAAUAAAAACAAUUAUGAAUGCUACUACAAAUAAAAUUAUAAAAUCAGAUAUUGAUGAGCAUUUUUAUGUAGAAUUUUUAGAUAUAACAGUUGGAACACCUUCUGUUGAAGAAAAUAUGAUAGAAACGAAGUUAACACCUCAAAUCUGUAGACAACGUGAUUUAACAUAUUCAGCUCCUAUAUAUGUAGAUGUAGAAUAUGUAAAAGGAAAUAGUAUUAUAACCAAAAAUAAUGUAGAGAUUGGUAGAUUACCUGUUAUGUUAAGAAGUGAUAUAUGUGUAUUAAAUAAUAAAAGUGAAGAAGAAUUGAUGAAAUUAGGUGAAUGCCCUUAUGAUCCUGGAGGAUAUUUUAUUGUUAAAGGUACAGAAAGGGUUUUAUUAAUGCAAGAACAAUUAUCAAAAAAUCGAAUUAUUGUAGAAAUGGAUAUAAAACAUAAUAUUUGUGCAACUAUUACAUCAACAACUGCUGAAUCGAAAAGUAGAUGCGCUAUUGUAUACAAAAAUAAUAAACUUUAUUUAAAACACAACUCUUUUAUUGAAGAUAUUGGUGUUUGUAUUAUAUUACGAGCUAUGGGUUAUGAAAGUGAUCAAGAAAUAUUUCAAAUGAUUGGAUCACAUAAAAAUUAUAUUAAUGGUAUAUUGUUAUCGUUAUAUGAAUUAUACAAUGAAAAUAUUAAAACCAAUUUAGAUGCUUUAUUAUAUAUUGGGAAAAAAAUCAGACCAAGGUUAUUGGCUAAGGGGUUUUUUAGCUCCAUGAAAGAAAAACAAGUAAAAAAUGAAAAGGAUAUUAUUGAAGAAGGUUUAGAUUUUUUAAGUCGUGUUUUAUUAUCUCAUAUACAGCAAAAAAGUAAAUAUGACUUUAGAAAUAAAGCUAGAUGUAUUUGUUUAAUGAUAAGAAGAGUUUUAGAUAGUGCAAAUAAUAAAAACGAAAUCGAUGAUAAAGAUUACUAUGGUAAUAAAAGAUUAGAACUAGCUGGACAAUUAAUAUCAUUAUUAUUUGAAGAUUUAUAUAAAAGAUUUUAUUUUACAUUAAAAAAACAAAUAGAUCAAACAUUAAGUAAAUAUAUGCAAAGUAAUUAUAAUUCUAAAUUAAGAAGUACUGGUAAUAAUAUGAAUGAUAAUUAUCCAGAUGUAUUUCGAAAUUUACCGAAGGAUAUUAUUACAAGAGGUAUGCAAACAGCUAUAUCAACUGGUAAUUGGAAUAUAAAAAGAUUUAAAAUGGAAAAGAGUGGUGUUUCUCAAGUAUUAUCACGUUUAUCAUUUAUUGCAUGUAUAGGAAUGAUGACCAGAUUAAAUUCUCAGUUCGAGAAAGGAAGAAAAGUGAGUGGUCCUAGGGCUCUUCAGCCAUCACAAUGGGGAGUUUUAUGUCCAUGUGAUACACCUGAAGGAGAAUCAUGUGGUUUGGUUAAAAAUUUAGCGUUAAUGACACAUGUUACAAAUGACAAUGAGAAUAAUGAAAAUUUGAUUGAAAUAUUGUAUACCUUAGGAGUAGAAGAUAGUGAUAGUUUAACUGGAGAAGAAAUAUAUAAAGAGGGUGUAUUUUUUGUUAUUUUGAAUGGUAUAUUAUUAGGAGUACAUAAGAGACCUCAAAAAUUUAUGCAACGUAUACGAUAUUUAAGACGAUAUGGGAAAAUAGGACAAUUUGUAUCUAUAUAUGAUAAUUUUUUACAUAAUGCUAUAUAUAUAUCUACAGAUGGAGGACGAUUAUGUAGACCAUUAAUAAUUAUAGAAAAUGGCAAAUCUAAAUUAUUACCACAACAUAUUAAAGCUUUAGAAAAUGGAACUAUUAAUUUUUUUGAUUUAUUAAAAAGUUCAGUUAUUGAAUGGAUUGAUGUAAAUGAACAAAAUAAUCUGUUAAUUGCAUUAAAUGAAUCAGAUAUAUCAUUAAGUACUACACAUUUAGAAAUAGAUCCAUUAACUAUACUUGGAGUAGUUGCUGGAUUAAUUCCAUAUCCUAAUCAUAAUCAAAGUCCAAGAAAUACAUAUCAAUGUGCUAUGGGUAAACAAGCCAUAGGUGCUAUUGGAUAUAAUCAAUUUGUAAGAUGUGAUACCUUGUUAUAUUUAUUAGUAUAUCCACAGAAACCUUUGGUAAAAUCUAAAACAAUUGAAUUUAUAAAUUUUGAAAAAUUACCUGCUGGACAAAAUGCAAUAGUUGCUGUUAUGAGUUUUUGUGGAUAUGAUAUUGAAGAUGCUAUCGUUAUGAAUAAAUCGUCGAUUGAUAGAGGUUUUGGUCGAUGUAUGUCUUUGAGAAAACAUUCAGUCGAAUUAAAAAAAUAUUUUAAUGGAUCAAACGACAUAGUUUUACCUUCUCCGUUAGUAAUUAAUAAAUUACAACAACAACGACAAGAAAGGGAAAUUAAAAAUGAGAUAAAAAAUGAAAAAGAAAAAGAUGGAAUAAAAAAAGAACAUCAAAAUGAUAAUAUAAAUAAUAAUAAUAAUAUUAUUAAAAACAGUUAUAAUAAUAACUUAUCCAAAAUAGAUAAUAUUAAAAAAGAUUCAUAUAGUCAUAAAAAUAUAUCUAACGAAUCUAAAGUUGAUAUAAAAAAAUUGGCAAAUAAAGAUAUUCGAAAAUAUCAUUCUCUAGAUAUGGAUGGGGUUGCAUCUAUUGGUUAUUUGAUAAAAGAAGGGCAAUUAUAUGUAAAUAAAUUUUCACCAAAAAAUAUUAAAGAUCAUGUAAAAGAUAUUGGAAAAGUUGAUAUAAAUGAUUUCAAAAUGAAUGAAAUUAAAUAUAAAAGUGUAUAUCCCUCAUAUAUUGAUAAAAUAAUUUUUACUGAAAAUUCGGAAGGAUUAAAGAUAUAUAAAAUAAUUAUGAGACAAACAAGAUUACCAGAACUAGGUGAUAAAUUUAGUUCAAGGCAUGGACAAAAAGGUGUUGUAGGUUUGUUAGUAAAUCAAGAAGAUAUGCCAUUUACUGAAUCUGGAAUAUGUCCAGAUUUAAUUAUGAAUCCCCAUGGAUUUCCAUCUCGUAUGACAGUAGGAAAACUUCUUGAGCUAGUUGCAUCAAAGGCUGCAGUUAUGGAUGGUGAAUAUAAAUAUGGUUCUAUUUUUAGUGGAACACCAUUUGAAGAAAUAGCCGAAAUUUUAUUUAGAUAUGGAUUUAAUUGUUCCAGUAAAGAAUUAUUAUAUUCUGGAUUAACAGGUGAACCUUUAGAAACAUAUAUAUUUAUGGGACCAAUAUAUUAUCAAAAAUUAAAACAUAUGGUACAAGAUAAAAUACAUGCUAGAGCUAGAGGACCAAGACAAUUACUCACAAGACAACCAACUGAAGGUAGAUCAAAAGAAGGAGGUUUAAGAUUAGGUGAAAUGGAAAGAGAUUGUUUAAUAGCAUAUGGUGUUAGCAAUUUAUUACUUGAAAGAUUAAUGUUAAGUAGUGAUGUAUGUAAUGUAUAUAUUUGUGAGGAUUGUGGUAUGAUGGGAUAUGAUUUAUAUUGUACAUUCUGUAAAAAAUGCGAUAAAAACAUUGUUAUUCAAAUGCCAUACGCAUGCAAAUUGUUAUUUCAGGAACUUCAAACUAUGAAUGUAUUUCCAAAGAUUAUAGUAAAGGAGGUCUAG